AGACAGUAGGCUACGUGCGGACAGGUAGAGAGAGAGAGAGAGAGAGAGAUUCAGGUGCAGAGCAUCACAGAGAGUCUCCACUCUGAGCUUCACACACAAGAUACACUUUCGCUUCCUGGCAUGCACAUCGAAUCGAUGUAGGCUAUGCUUGAUGUUGAGCAGCUUGUCUCCGGUUUUCCGGGAGCUGUCCGCCGCUCAGGUGCUGAAGCGGCUCGUCGUCCACAGGCGGCUGUAAUUGACUGCAAUGCAAUGUCUCAGCAGAGGUGAAGCCCUGGACUGAUGGACCCCUUUCGGAGACAGCAGUUAGGAUCCCAGUCUGCUGCGCUGACUAGGACACGACAGCUGCACUGGUCAGAGCCAAGCGGGAUGUUGUAGUAGUCAAAGAUGGGGGAUUCCCUGUGUAAACACCGGUAGCAUGGUCCAACUGAGGGGCAAAAAUCUGUCAGGCUGGAGGAGCGCCAGUGGCAGACAGACGGCUUCUAAAAUGUGACGCUGCUCCUUUAAAUCUAAAUUAUGUAAACUUUGCCUCUCUUCUGAUCAUCCUUUAAAGUUGCAUGUGAGGGUGAAAUUGGAAAGUUGCUAUCCCAAAAGGGACAUCUUGUUCUCUAUUUGAGGAUCAGUAAUUACCCCAUGUCAGCAUGAACACUGAAUGGUGGUCUCUAAUAAUGCUUCUAAAGAUUCUUUUGCUCAUGAUCCCACUAGUCAUGUUCUCUUUUAAAACUGUCUGGAGCACACUAAUUGCUCUUUGGACUACUGAAGGUUCAACUCUAAAUUUCUCUUUGUAAGAUGUUAAGUGUUACAUUCUUGUCUUGAAACACAAGAGAUAGGCUUUUGAAGGAUUUAUUAGGAUUUAACAAGAGUGAAAGGAGGAGAGAUGGAAAUGUUUUUUCUUUUGUUAGUAAAAGUGGAAGAGAUGACACAAGAGGAUAAGAUUAGUUGAUGGUAAAGGCAUGAUGCAUUCACACUCCCCACAGAGGACCUUCCCAUAACCUUCAUGUUCAAGAAGCCUGCUGCAGGCAGUGAUACCCCUGCAAAAUUAUGGUGCUGGAUAAGCAUAAAUUCAAACUUUUAUGAAUGCACAUGAAAGCUCGAGAACAUUGGAUAGCACUAGGAAUCUGGAUUCACUUAAAUUUUUUUGUUCUUUUCCACAGGGUUCCUCGUGUAGGGGUAGAAAAAAAUGUUGCCAUCAUAUUUAAGAAAAAAAAUUAUCAUAUUUGCGUGAGUCAGUUUCAAGUUUCUUGAAACUCAUUGUUGCUAAAAUAGGACCACAGUGUACAAAUGCGGUGCCUUGAAAAAGGGCAUUUUUUUUCCACAUUUUGAGAUUGUAUUACUCCAAAAAGCAACUAAGGAAGUUGUAACUCUGAAGGAACGCUGAAGAGAUGUACAGCUCAGGUGAGAGAAUCUGCCAGCAGGACAAACAUUAAUUAUGACUAGUCCUGUUUGCAGUUUGCUCUGAUCAGAUUAGACUGAAAGUUAACUUUUUAAAAACGAAUGUCAUUUUUUAAAUUGGAAAACUCACUCUAUGUCAUCCUAAUUUAUGCCAUCACCAUUAUGAGACACGUGUUGGUAGCAACAUUAAGCAGCGGGGAUGCUUUUCUUCAGUACAGACAGGAAAGCUGCAAGCUCAGAGUUGAUGUGAAUAAUAAUAUAGUUAAAUGCAGGUCAAUCCUUGGAGAGAACCUCCUAGAGAGCAAAAAACUGAGGCAAGGCUCAGCUUUCAGCAGGGCAAUGGCCUUUAGCAUAAAUCCAAAGCAAAAAUAUAGAUGUUUAGCAUAAAACACAUUAUUGUAUGUGACCAAAAUCAAUAAAAAUCUUUUUUAAAUAAAUAAACCUUCCGUAAAUUGAAAUAAGGGUCUUCAAAAUUGAUGUUCUCACACAGCCUCAAUCCACUUUCAAUCUGAAAACAAACACUGAACAUAUAGACCUUGAAAUAAAAUAUGGCUAAGUAUUGUGUUCUUCUGCGUUAUCACUGUGCCCUUUUUUGUGUUCAUAAAAUCUCAUUGAAGUAGUUGGACAUUUGUGGUGAAAUAUAAGACCAUUCAAGGACCAGACGUACUUUUAAAAAUACAAAAGAUAACAUUUUCCCACAAGAUUAGCCACAAAUCAAAGAGAACCAUUAAAGAUACACAGUUACUGUAAACGUAGUCUCUGUGUACUCUAAAGUUGUAAUAGCUCCUGUUUUGCAGCUCCUAACUUCUUAUUUGUUUUCCAGGAUCGGAUUGGGAAAGCUUCUUCUUUCCAAGGCUCACAUAACCACUCUUCAGCCUACAAUUACUCUCCCUGUGGAGCACAAGAGCUCCUCCUAAACUCAGGUCAUUCCUCAAGCUGCCACAUACAGAGCUUGUGGACGGCAGCCAGACUCUGUGGAGACGGGACAAAACAAAGGGAUGCACGAGGGCCACAUUGACUGAGAGAUGUGCUUCUGACCCUUAUGUCUCCUCUUUUGUAAAAGUUGAGCAAACAUUACGAAUUACUACUUUCUCACAUAUGUUGACCACGGCUUACAGCGGCCACACAUUUUUGUGUGUAUGUUUGCUUCACUGCAUCUUGGCAAGUACCUAACCACAAGAGGGAGCGUCUGGCCUCGCCUCGUUCGCAAAGGGGAGCUGUAGAGCUCAGCCUUUUGUUUCCGCAUGCAGAACAUCCUCGAUCAAAACUUAGACAUGGCCACAGCGCUGCUCGCGGGCGAGAAGCUGAAGGAACUCAUCCUGCCGGGCUCCUCUCAGGAUGAGAAGGGUGGGGCACUGGCUGGGCUCAUGGUGCAGCUCAAACUGGAGCUGCCCUUUGAUCGGGUCGUUACCAUAGGGACGGUUAUCAUCCCCAUCCUGCUGGUCACCCUUGUCUUCACAAGAAACUUUGCAGAGGAGUCCAUAUACUGUUACACACCGCACAACUUCACCCGAGACCAGGCACUUUAUGCCAGAGGCUACUGCUGGACAGAGCUUCGUGAUGCUAUUCCCAAUGUGCAGCCUCAUCUUUGGCCCUCACUAUUUGAACAUAAGUUCCUGCCCUACGCCCUGCUGGCCUUUGCGGGGAUUAUGUACAUUCCUGCUUUGGGUUGGGAGUUCCUUGCCUCUACUCGACUGACCUCAGAGCUCAAUUUCCUGCUUCAAGAGAUUGAUAACUGCUACCAUCGAGCCGCUGAGGGCAGAGCCCCAAAGAUCGAGAAGCAGAUUCAGUCCAAAGGACCUGGCAUAACUGAGCGGGAAAGGAGGGAGAUUAUAGAAAAUGCAGAGAAGGAGAAGAGCCCUGAGCAAAAUCUUUUUGAAAAAUAUUUGGAGAGACGAGGCGAAAGUAACUUUUUAGCUAAGAUUUACCUGGCUCGCCAUCUGGCUAUAAUGUGCCUCAGCUCCAUCCCCAUUUCCUACCUGAGUGCAUACUAUGCCCGCCAAAGACAGAAUGAGUUCACCUGUGCGCUAGGUGAGCCUCCAGAUACCAGCAGCUACCCAGAGUUGAAGCUCAGAGUCAACUGCAAGCUCUCCGCUGUGCAGCUGCAACGUAUCAUGGCAGUGGUGGACUUGGGGCUGCUGUGUACCAUGAACUUCAUCAUCCUACUUAAUUUGCUGCAUCUGUUUGUGGUGCGUAAGUCUAACUUUGUGUUCGACAAGCUAAAUAAAGUCGGAAUCAAAACAAAGCGACGGUGGCAGAAGUCUCCGUUCUGUGACAUCAACAUUCUGGCUAUGUUCUGCAAUGAGAACAGGGAUCACAUUAAGUCGCUGAACAGGCUGGAUUUUAUCACCAACGAGAGUGAUCUGAUGUACGACAAUGUUGUCAGGCAGCUAUUGGCUGCACUUGCACAGUCCAACCACGAUGCUACACCCACUGUGAGGGAGUCUGGGAUACAGACCAUUGAUCCCAACAUGGAUCCUUCGGAUCUCGGGGUGGGAGACAUGGCCAUGGAGCCACUGGUCAUCAAACGGCCCCGGAAAAAGAUUAAAUGGAUACCAAGCUCAAACCCUCUUCCUCAGCCAUUCAAAGAACCGCUCACUCUGACCCGCUUGGAAAAUAACACCAAGCCUGAAAAACCCAAACCACUGAGACGCAAAACCGUAGCAGACAGCCUCAUAGCACCACUGCUGGACAGUAAAGGCACACAACAUCCUGCAGCUAAAGACAUCAGUGGGAUGGAGAAAAAGCACGCACGAAACUUCUCCCUGGACGUCCAUCCAUACAUGCUGACAAAUCGCAAGCCCAAGGUGGAGGCCUCAGUUGUUGAACCGCUACCACCAGAGCACACUCUGGACACAGUUUACCUUGAAGGCACUCACACUAUUGUUCAUGUGUCUUGUGCAAUGACAGAAACCAAGGUUAGCUCUCCAGUGUCGACCACUGCUCCCUUUUCCACAGCCACCCUGCCCUCCACAACAUACGUGAAUGGCGUGAGCCCAAACCCUCCUUCUAGUGAGGAUGCGCUUAGUCCCAAGUCUUCCCCUGCACAAAUAGAGCUUCUGCCCCCAACGGAGAACCCUGAGCCGCCACUGCUAACCAAAGCCCCCACACACCAGCUCCUGAGCAUUCAUCACACUCUUUUUGAAGAAGAAGAGGAUGCAGAAAACAGAAGAGGCAGGCUGGAAGAAAGACCUGGGGAGCUCAUUGCUGCUGGAGAAUGUUGAAAAAUGUAUCUGAUUUCUAAGCAUAUGAUCACGAUCGCUACAAUCUCCUUUUCCAAAAAUUGUCCUUCUCCUCAUCGCAACUUCUUUGAUUGGUGGAUUGUGUCGACUGACAGGAUGAAAUUCAACAGCACAAACAAAGUGUGGUUGUAGGAAAAAGAGGGAAAAAUGAUGAUAACAUAUGUGUUUUUGUCAUAGGAAAUGAUGUCACCUUCAUGCCUCAGGAUGACUGUGUUCAGCUGAUCACCCAUCAAUGAAACCAGCAGUGAUAUAUUAUUCAACAGGGUGCUAAAGAGCAGGGUAAAACAGCGAUGCUAAAAAAAGGUAGAAGGUGAAAGAAAAAUUAAUAAGCUUUUUAAAAUAAAAAUGAGAGACACCUUACAAAUCCACAUUACCUAGAAAGAUUGCUUUACAGCUUAAAAACACAGUAUGUAGUUAAAACAUAUUAACACUUUGUCCCUUUAUCCCUCUAGCCAAGUAGAAAUGUAGCUCACGCAAUACAGCUGUUGAGAUCUGCACACUUAAUAUGCAAAUGAUCACAAUAUAUAUGUGGCAAUAAUGUAUGCGCUUUGAGCAUUAUACUUUAUGAAAUAUGUUGGUAUAUGUUGGGUGUUUCAAAUCUAAAAUAGUUCCAUGGCUUAUUGUUUUCAUUUCAACAUUGCCAGUGAUACUUCACUGCAUGUGUACAUCCUUUAUAACAGCAGGACGACUUAUUAUGUGAUUGUGAGACGACGAAAGGUAAUGACAGAGGUAUAGUGCCUUGCAAAAGUAUUCAUACCCUUUAAACUUUUUUGCUAAUUUUAUUUGCUUCAUUCCAAUUUAUGUGGUAGAAUAGAAUGCACUUAAGUAGAAGGAAAUGGAUACCCGAUUUCAAUAUUUUUCUAAUCUAACAUAAGAAGCAUUUCAUAAAUUGGUAUUCAGACUCUGAAGUCAAUACUUUAUAGAACCACCUUUCGCUGUAGUCACUUUAUUAGCUAUUACUUUGACCAUCAAGCGAUUUUAAAUUUUUGCCCAUUAUUCUUUGCAAAAUAGUUCAAAUUGAGUCAAAUUGGACAGACCACCUGAAAACAUUAAUUUUCAAGACUUGUCACCAUUUCUUAAAUGAAGUUACUGUAGCUCAGAACUUUGAUCAUCACCAAUGUAACACCAAUAUGAUUUGAUUUGAAGCGAUAUGCUAAAACUAUAGCUGCAUAUUUCUUGUUCAUUUCUUGAUGUAAGGUUAACUCCUGUCCCAGUCUCAAAUCUUUUCAGCCUUUGACAGGUUGUCUACUCGUAUUAACUUUUAUUGAGCAAACUUCAUGUUCCCAUCAACCAGAUUUGUGCAUGAUUUAUAGUUGACCUACUGACAGAUUCUCCCACCCGAGUGGUAAAUGUCUGCAGCUCUUUCAGAGCAACUAUGUGCCUUUUCGCCCCUUGACUGAUUAAUGUCUGCCCAAUUAAUGCUUACUUGUCCUGUCAGAUUUUCAAAUGCACCAUACUUUUUUUCAUUAUCAGAUUAUGGAUUAAAAAGUGCCUGGUUGUAAGUUUGUAAAGUAUAUUAUUUAACAUAACCUUUCUUUUUAUCCCCCGCCACCUUCCUGUCCCCUCUUGUGUCUGAUGUAUUUCUUGGUUUAAAAAGGCCACACUUUGAUUUUCAUAAUAAUAAUAAUAAU